AUGCUCGCUCUACGGCCCGCGACGGCCAAGGAGAGGGAUCAAAGGCUGGAAGAUCAGCCAGAACCAGACCAGGAGAAUGCAUCCCAGUCCCAAUCAUGGGUCAGCAGCGCUCAUACACCAAUAUCUGUGUCGAUGAACAUACUACCCUGUCGAAUUCACCAUGAUGGCCCGGUAGAAGUCUCAAAAAGAUACUGGAAUCCAGUCCGCGACGGGGGUUCUGAUAACAAACAGUUGGUGUCGACUGCAUAUUUCCGUGGCCGAAAGUUGCGCGGUCGUUCCGUACCCCUCCCAGAUGGCUACCACGGCGUCGUGGUAACCAAGCUGCCGAAAGAUGAAUCUGUCACCAAAAGAGUGGCGGGAUAUGAAAGCGAGGAUGAAGAAGAUAACGAAGAACCUCUUUCUCAACUUGAGUCAGUUGGAAGGUUCUCUGCAUUUACAGUAUGGGAGCACGAGAAGCUCCCUACGGACGACGACCUAUACGUUCGGUCUAUGGAGGAGUGGGUAUCGUUUGCACAUUCGAUACAUGACGACAGAGCGGGACCUGCACAGUUGAAAAAUUGA